AUGUACCUCGUCCGUUCCAUCAACGAGUUCACCUUGUUUGCCGCUUUUCUCAACCGCUUUGAGUUUUUGGACGUCUACGUCAGAAGACACGUCGGCUGGCUGAGGGCGGAUCUGCUCUCAAAGGUGCACGUUCCGGAAAACUCGGAAAUCUCCAGCUCGCUGCUCCUUUUUGAGGGUUUCAUCAACAAGUUGAUCGCACUGUACCCCAACUUCAACUCGCUGCCGACCAAGUGUGCGAUCCUGAACGUCAUGUGCGAGCUUCCUCGUGACGGGGUACAGUACGCCCUGGCCGAUCCGAAGGGCAAACUUUUUGACGUGGUUCAGACCCAGAUCGAAGACAUGUUCUCCACGCACACAAACAUGAUUCAAGAGACGUUUCUUUACCUUACCGUACUCGCCAGAACGGGAUACAUCGAAUGGAAUCGGGUAGAGGAUAUCGUGGAACAGGUUCUGGACCGGACGCCAAGACAAGCGGCUAGAAAUGCCCUCUCCGCCCUUGACGUGCUCGUCUGCGAGAACCUGAUAGCUCAGAAGAAAGCUGGAACUCACUUGUGGAGAAUCUGGCUCCAGCGAGCUGCUCAAUUCAUGGAAUGGGACCCUGAAGGCUCCUCCGUCGUCUGGACGAUAUUUUUGCAUGGCGCGAGGAGGGAUGAGCAAAGCGGAAUUUUCGACGUCAUCUGGAAGGCCACCACCGAGGCCAAGGAGCACGACGUCGAGCUGGAGGAGCUGAUCAUCUUUAUGCUCCAAUCGAUGUCGUAUUGCUUGAGGAGUGCUGUGGCUAGAGAAAGCUUCCAAGAUUACCACUUCCACACGGGAAAGUUUCCAUAUGCCCUGCGGAUCUUUGUGGAUUGUAUUUUCCGAGAGGAAGCCGAUCCGUCUCGAAACAGCGCCCACAAAUUCCAGCCGCUGCUGCAAACUGCUAUCGGAUUAAUACAUCGUUGCUACCCUGCCGACGCCUUACUUCUUGCCAAGGUGUUCCCACCCAUCCUCCGACGACUUUAUAAAGAUCACAAAGCCCUCGAGAUCAUCCUCGACAUGCUGUUCCCCGACCAGAAAAUUCACCUCCCCGAGAAUGCGCAUGCCGUAUUUGUCGUCAUUUUUGAGGUCUGCCACUACAAGCGCUACGACCACAACUACGACUCCAACCACUACGACAACUUAUACUACAACUACUACCUCCGCUACUACCACGACCACAACCAAGACAGCUACCAGCACUACUACCUCAACUACGACGACGACAACGACAACUGCUACAACGCCUACUACCACUACCACCAGGCCUACGACGACGACAACUACCAGCACUACAACCACAACAAGUUCGACUACUACGACGACAACGACGACAUCGACUACUACGACGACCACUACCACAACGACUUCAACGACGACGACGACGACGACAGCAACUACGACAACAACAACGACAACGACAACGGCAACGACAACGGCAACGACAACGACAACGACAACGACAAUGACAACGACAACGACAACGACGACGACAACAACAACAACGACGACGACGACAACAACUACAACUACGACAACGUCUACAACGACAGCAACAACAACCACGACUCCGGAAGCAAC